AUGGACGACCCUGAAUCUGCUCCUCCUCCGCCGCCUCCGCCGCCGCCGCCCCCCAGGCCGCCGUCGUUCGUCACGGGGCUCAACUCCGCCGUCGCCGCUUCCCCUGUCGGCAAGCGCUUCAAACUCGACGCCCGCAACACCACCUUCACCACCGAGCUCAGAGCAGGCACCGCCACCUUCCUCACCAUGGCCUACAUCCUCGCCGUCAACGCCUCCAUCCUCACCGACAGCGGCGGCACGUGCUCGGUCUCCGACUGCCUCCCUCUCUGCUCCGACCCGGCAGUGUCUCUCCCUAAUUGCUCCGGCGGAUCCCCUCCCUUGCGGGUCGUCCAGCCCGACGACUCCUGCAAAUUCGACCCGGUUAACCCGGGAUACUCCGCUUGCCUGGAUCGAAUCAGAAAAGACCUAAUUGUCGCCACCGUCGCAUCCUCCCUCAUCGGCUGCGUUAUAAUGGGGGCUUUCGCGAAUCUCCCCCUCGCCCUAGCCCCGGGAAUGGGCUCAAACGCCUACUUCGCUUAUACCGUCGUUGGAUUCCACGGAUCCGGCAACGUCUCUUACCAGAGCGCAUUGGCCGCCGUCUUCAUCGAGGGUUUGAUUUUUCUCGCCAUUUCGGCCGUCGGAUUGAGGGCCAGAAUCGCCAAAUUGGUGCCCAAACCCGUUCGAAUCAGCUCCUCCGCCGGAAUCGGACUGUUCCUCGCCUUCAUCGGGUUGCAGAGCAAUCAGGGGAUCGGGUUAGUUGGGUACAGCUCAUCCACUCUGGUGACACUCGGAGCCUGCCCGAAAUCCUCCCGGGCGUCGCUGGCCCCGGUGAUUGCGAUGGCGAACGGGACCGUGAGCCUGAUCCCCGGCGGGACCGUCUCCGGCGACAUCCUCUGCCUCCGCGGCCGUAUGGAGAGCCCGACAUUCUGGCUGGGAAUCGUCGGGUUCAUCAUAAUUGCUUACUGCCUGGUGAAGAACGUAAAAGGGGCGAUGAUUUACGGAAUCGUCUUCGUCACCGCCGUCUCCUGGUUCCGGCACACGAAGGUCACCGCGUUUCCCGACGAUUCCGCCGGAGACGCCGCGUUCGAGUACUUCAGGAAAGUCGUCGACGUCCACGCAAUCAAGUCCACCGCCGGGGCGCUGAGCUUCAAGGGCAUCGGGUCGGGUCAGUUCUGGGAAGCAUUGAUUACGUUCCUGUACGUCGACGUUUUGGACACAACGGGGACGCUUUACUCGAUGGCCCGUUUCGCGGGUUUCGCGGAUGAGAACGGGGAUUUCGAGGGGCAGUACUUCGCGUUCAUGUCCGACGCCACGUCGAUCGUUGUGGGGUCGCUUCUGGGCACGUCACCGGUAACGGCGUUCAUCGAGUCGUCAACGGGGAUUCGGGAGGGAGGACGGACGGGGAUAACGGCACUGACGGUAGGGGGAUACUUCUUCCUGGCGUUCUUCUUCACGCCGUUGCUGGCGUCGAUCCCGGCUUGGGCGGUGGGCCCGCCGCUGAUAUUGGUCGGGGUUCUGAUGAUGAGAUCGGUGGUGGAGAUUGAGUGGGACGACAUGAGGCAGGCGAUUCCGGCGUUCGUGACGCUGAUUCUGAUGCCGUUGACCUACUCCAUCGCCUACGGAUUGAUCGGCGGGAUUGGGACGUACGUGGUGUUGAACGCACUGGAUUGGGGGGAGGAGGGUUUGGCCAAGCUGGGUGUUUUGAAGCGGAGGGAUGGCGGCGGCGGUGGUGGUUUCGUUGGGUCCCGUGGGGAAGGUACAAGGAGGGACGAAAAUGUGAAAGCAGCAGGUGAAGAUGGCGUUUAG